UGGUUUGGAGGGGAGACGAAAAAAUUGUGGCGCGCCUACCCAACCCAGACAGCCGCCUGCCUGUCAGUGCCUGGGAUGAGCGAGGUCGGAAACGUUAGUGUGCGCGAGACCUUGUCUGGGCCACGUAGCGAUGGAUCUACAGUAGCACUGCUAACAUAUCAGUGUCAUACAUACUAAAAAUGCAUUAGUUAACACAUUUGCAAUCGAGCAUGCAAUAGGAUUAUCAAACAGUGGUGAGCCGCAACAGUAGCUGGCUCUUUUUUGUGCGUCUGCAGCACUCCAGAAUCCCUGCAACUCUGAUUUCACGAAAUGAGAAAGAGGGCGCUCUCACCGAAGGCGGCAGAUUGCAGAUGGCUCCUGAAACGAGGCACAGAAGUUCUGACUUCGGCUCAAAGUCCGGCGUGAAGCUCCCUCUCAAGACGGAAGCUUAAAGACGGAAGCCCUUAACGGACCAUAUAACAUUGACAGCCUCGAGUGAGAGACUAACCUGAGAGGCUUCAUCUGCGGAGAGACCAAAACCUCAGAGGUUGAAGAGCAGACACCCCAGCUUCCAGAGAAGCUUUGAGAGUCGAGCUCAACAGAAGCCUAUGGAACAAAGCUGUAGCAGAAUGUCACUCACGGUCUGUCCUCAGUCUUAAGCAUGGAUGCCCUGUUUGAAUCUGGGUGACGCUUUCUUCCCUUCCUCCUUCCUGUCUCCUCAGUGGCGGGAGGGGUGGGGGAUUGCUUCCGUUCCCCCUGCCCCUCCUUACAACAUAGCGAGGGUACUCUCACAGUUUAAGAAUACCAGCACUGCUAACAAACCUCUGGCUGUGCUUCAACCAGCACUACUACAGUCUCCCCCUCCCCCACACAUGAAAUCCUGCCAGAGCCUGAAGGGAGAGAUGUCCAGCCCAGGUGGGAUGUCACAGGAGGGGCGCAGAACGCAACAGGUGGCCCAGUCCUACUACCACUCCCCCGCCCCAGACCUGGACCUAGCGGGCAAGCUGUACAAGCGGGAGGGCGGGGGCAAGCCUUACUCUGUGCUAGUGGACAACAAGAUGGCAGCCAAGACCCCCAUGGGUGACCAGACUCCCAGUCAGCUGUCCCCGCAGCAUGUCACCUCCUCCCAGCAGCAGUACUACAGAGAGGGGACAGUAGGGCAGGAGGGGGGCGCACAGGGGUUCCAGGCAGGCAAUGGGGGCACCUCUGAAGACUCUGAGGAAGAAGAGGAGGAGUCCUUCAAGCGGGAGCAGAUCAUCGUGGAGGUCAACCUGAACAAUCAGACACUUAACGUAUCAAAGGCGGACAAGUCUGCCCCCCAAACGGAUGCCUCAGAGAGACACUGCAGCGAAGAAGAGGAGGAAGAAGAGGAGGAGGAAGAAGAAGAGGAAGAUCUGGAGGAGGAAGAUGAGGAGGAGGAAGAAGAGGAGGAAGAAAUAGAGAGCCGCAGAACGAGAGCCAAGAGGGCCCGGCGUGGGGUGGCCCCCGCUACCAGCCAGCCCCGGAGGAAGACGCAGUGCACCGCUCUGAGCACCACCGGCAUGACCACCAGGGGCCGACGGAAGAAGACCACCCAGCCGCCCAAGAGGACGCGUCGGACUGCCAGGGAGGGCAAGGGGACCCCCUCCUCAGCUGGCUCUGCCACGGGGGAUAAAGCGGAUGGGGAGGAGCGGGAGACGCUGGCGUGUGAGAAGUGCCCACGUGUCUUCAACACCCGCUGGUACCUGGAGAAGCACAUGAACGUCACACACAGACGCAUGCAAAUCUGUGACAAGUGUGGCAAGAAGUUUGUCCUGGAGAGUGAGCUGGCCUUACACCAGCAGACUGACUGUGAAAAGAACAUCCAGUGCGUCUCCUGCAACAAGUCUUUCAAGAAGCUGUGGUCGCUGCACGAGCACAUCAAGAUCGUGCACGGCUACGCGGAGAAGAAGUUUGCCUGUGAGAUCUGUGACAAGAAGUUUUACACCAUGGCUCAUGUCCGCAAGCACAUGGUUGCUCACACCAAGGACAUGCCGUUCACCUGUGAGACCUGUGGCAAGUCGUUCAAACGCAGCAUGUCCCUGAAGGUUCACUCCCUGCAGCACUCUGGGGAGAAGCCCUUCCGCUGUGAGAACUGUGCUGAGCGGUUCCAGUAUAAGUACCAGCUGCGCUCCCACAUGAGCAUCCACAUCGGACACAAGCAGUUCAUGUGCCAGUGGUGUGGCAAGGACUUCAACAUGAAGCAGUACUUUGACGAGCACAUGAAAACACACACCGGAGAGAAGCCGUUCAUCUGUGAGAUCUGUGGGAAGAGCUUCACCAGCCGGCCCAACAUGAAGCGCCACCGCCGCACCCACACAGGAGAGAAGCCGUACCCCUGCGAGUUGUGCAGCCAGCGCUUCCGCUUCUCCAACAUGCUCAAGGCCCACAAGGAGAAAUGCUUCCGGGUCACCAGCCCUGUGACUCUGCAGGCCAGCAGCCUCCCCCUGCCUCUCCACCUCUCUGCCCCCUCCUCCUCUGGCCCCGGCCCGGGCCUCGCUCCCUCAGCUGCCACCACCUCCGCCCCGCUUUGCCUCAGCCCGGCAGGAGGGGCUCUUCCCCCACGCGCCCCCGUGGGACACGCCGCCUUCUCCCACCUGCACAUGACCCCCUCUCACCAUCUCCCUCACCACCACACGUCGCAACAGCAGCAGCACCACCCCGGCACGCCCCUGCAAGCACCCCCUCUCCCCCACCACCACCUGCCUGUGCCCCCCGUCUCCCCUCCCCCCGCGCUCUUCAAGAGCGAGCCCCUCACCCACUGUGGGCAGGAGGACAGCAGCUACCUGCGUUACAUGGCACCGCAGGACAAAGGGCCUGGGGCCCCCCAGCAUCACUGAAACCUAUGUGGGCCCUGGGCUCCAGGCCUGCCUGCCACACCUCGAUUACCCCCACCCCAACUCUCCCUGGCCCCUGGUGUAGAACGGCCCCUCGAAGACUGAUAUGAACAAGACACCCAGAGCUCAGUACACACCAGUGUGUGAGGGAUACAGACAGGUACACUUUCAGUCUACACUUUAGAUAAGUGAGUGACCCACUUAGCUAGAGACCCAAGUCAACUGACACAGAUUUUACAACCUCUUUGCUCAUAUCAUAUCUUGUGAAAAUAUUCUUCGAAAAUCCUGUGUUCUUAGACAACCUGCCUCCCAUGGUAGAAGGCUGUGUGUGUACCGGUAUGUGAGUUAUCCCUUGAUUGUGUCCAUUGUAUCCUCUCCACUGACAGCUGCUAAUGUCAUUAUUCUACUAGUGGUUCCUUAUCCAGGUAGCGGAUCAGAACAGAUCCGUUUCAUCAACUUAGUCCUUCACGUCGACUGACUUAAACAACGGUUGCACAGUUCGGGGGAGUUGUAAGUCCUGGUCCUAAGGCUGACCCGUAGGUUCAUGGGGUCACCAAGGUCUUGUUGAAUGUUUACCAUCCUGGUGCCAACUGGGUCUCCCACUGUCUCAAUAAGGAAUUCCACACUGGCUCUACCAGCAGUAGGCCAGGAAUCACUGCCAUAGGUCACAGUGGGGAGGUUAGAAAAUGGCUGUUAGUGCUGCUACUAGUCUGUUGCAACAGAGAUUCUGGUUAAUUGGUGCUUUCCAUUGCAGUACUACACACAGUUCUAUACACAAGCUAGGUCUCGUAACAUCUGGAGUGUAAUGUAACAGUGUGGGAUUGGCUGUGUUGUUGUCAUGCAGUUCUGGGAUUUGUCUUCUUGACUGACAUACAGCCUUACAGCUGACAAGGUCAGACGUUCCCAACAGAACAGACCUGAUGAAGCUGAACCUGCCGUCAUGUACACACACACACACACACACUUCAAAAAGCAGUACGUCAUCACUGGUCUCACUUCACACAAAAUGCUUGUCAAGAGAUUCUUUAAUUUUUUUGUCUUCUGUAAUCGAAACAGUAAUUCUGUAAUUCAAUACCGCCACUGUGACGGGUUAUCACAUACGACCCAACCUGGACCUCGCAUGUCUCUUCUGUCUCUCUUUCUUUCUCCCUCUCUCGCUUUCUUUCUCGAUCUCUUUCUUUCUCCGCCUCUCGCUCCUCUGUCUCUCUCGCUUUCUUUCUUUCUCCGUCUCUCGCUUUCUUUCUCGAUCUCUUUCUUUCUCCGUCUCUCGCUCCUCUGUCUCUCUCGCUUUCUUUCUUUCUCCGUCUCUCGCUACUCCGUCUCCCCCCCGCUGCUGCUGCUGAGAUAAUACGGGUCACCCUGUAAAAGGUCGUUAAAACACAAGGUUCUGACUUUUUAUCAACUCUUAACUGAAAAAUCUGUAUUUUUCCAAACCAGCCUAUCUUCCACAGCUUGGUGUGGAGCAGGACACUUUUUGUUGUUGUAAUGUAACGGUUUGUUCUCUUUAGUGUUACAUAUACUAUAAAAGGUUACACAAACAACGAGGCCCUAUCACGCACGUUGGCAAAUACUGAUGAAUCAAAACAUGUUGAAUGUUGCCUAGAUGUAGUGAUAUGGGCUAACGGUUUAGCAAUCAAAUGUGUUAUUUUCUAGUAAUAUUUUCUGGAAAUAUGCUACAUUCAGUUUCAGACUGAAGAAUUGUUCUCGUCUCGCUCUGAACAUGCUGUUGAGUGAUAGUCAUAGGAAAGGUUGGAGGAUAUAUCUAACAUGCGUUUCAAUUUCUGGUGUAGAUACAUUUACUCAAGUUGUACAUUUACUCAAAGAAAUCACAUUUGUAUAUGUAACCUUUUUUAUUGUGUGAAUGUUCCCGCUGUCCCAUUGGUAUGUUAUUCUGUCAGUCCGGUUGCUGUUAGAAUCUCUCUCGGUCAUUCAUCAAUACUGUCUUGUCAGAUUGUUGUAGUGGGUUGUAGGAUGUUGUCGUCGUCGUCCCCUUCAACCUGUCUGGGACUGUUCUCAGAUAAGACUGAGUGUUGUAGGAGCAACGUUAAGGUGUGUGUUUGUCUCAGUAAUGGCAAAAUGGGAUCCCUCUGGUGCUGUUGUAACAAAAGCUGCUUUUUACAUCGUCUGGCCCUGGCCAUAUUCUUUCUGUCGUUCAACUCUCUGGGUCUCUCCCUCUGGGUCUCUCCCUGCUAAAGCCGUGUCAUCUGUUGAAGGGGGUUCUGGGGGUGAUUUUGUACACGCACACAAGAAUUUGUCUGACAUGUUUCUGUGGAUUAACACACAAUGGGUAUAGCAUAGUAGUGGUUCAGGCUGAGUAGUGGAUCGGGUUCGUGUUUGUAUAUUGGGAGAAACUGAAGAGGAACCGUAGCAGUCCAUUAGCAAGUCCCUGCACCACCUUGAGUUGCGGGUAUUUGGCCCAUUGGAUUUGGUUUAACAGAUGCUACAACCAUUCUGCCAUUACUGUGGGUCUGUUAGUUGGGCCUCUGUAUCAGCUUAACCACGAGUUACUUACUGUUUUUCAUGGCGUUUCAGUAUGAAGCUUUUUUUUCCUUCUCUCGUUCAUUCGUUUUAAAAAGCUUUUCCAUUUGUGUGUAUCCUCUGCACUUUACUGCUGCGUGAGCGAGUUGCAGUGAAGGGAGGGACUGACAAUGCAUUGUGUGAGUGAAGUGAUGUGUUGGGUCAUGGAGGAGGGAGGUGGUUGGUUUGGUGAGUGGCUGUUUGAGUAAGGAAAAGGAGGAGAAUCAAUCUGGGGGUGGAUAGCGUGGAAGGGACCAUGGCAUAAGGAAAUGUUUUUGUUUAGUUCAUAUAUUUGUUACGUUUUUUCCCCUGUAAGUCAAUAGACUGGCUCUAGUGUGUACUCCCAAACAGUGAUCGAGUGGUGUUGUUCCUCCUGCUUUGGCGAUUUUCACACGAGCCCCUCCCUGCUUCAUCUGAUCUGAAAUACAUUGAGGUGUUUGUCUGCCUCAUAUCCAGAGGUUCCUCUUUGUUUUGUGUAACAUUUUCUCUUCCGAUUUACUGUAUGAUUCUCCUCCUUUCAUAUUUGUUAUAUAGAAUGCACUUUUGACUAAAAUCCUGGCUAGUUAAGAAAAAUAACAAUGUAUAUUCUUUAAAGAUGAAAAAAAAAAAAAAAAAACUAUAUACUUUUUCCCCUCAUGUAUUUUUAACCACUUAAGGUAGCAUUGCAUAUUUUAUUAUUGUGAGUAUCUGGUACAAAAUUGUGCAGCUUUAUACUGUCCUGGGUUGUUUUUUUUGGUGGGGGGGGGGGGUUGUUUUGUAUGUUUGUUUUUGAAGAUUGAGGAGAAGUUGUAAUGUUGGGCCUUUUUUUUUAUAAUGUACAUUUAACAGACUCUGCUAACUUUCAGAAGUAAAAAACGAGUAGCCACAAUUAUCACA